UCAACUACCAGCAAAGCAUCGGAACAUCGAUUGAGCGCGAACAAGAGCCCCGGCGCUCGGCGAGAGACUUUUAUUUUCCCUCCUUCUUCCUGUAGAGCUUUCAUAAUGGCGGACCAACAAGACGUCGAUCUCGACUCCAUCAUCGACAGACUCCUCGAGGUCCGCGGUAGCAGACCCGGCAAGCAGGUCCAGCUUCUCGAGACCGAGAUCCGCUACCUCUGCACCAGAGCUCGCGAGAUUUUCAUUUCCCAGCCCAUCCUCCUUGAGCUUGAGGCUCCCAUCAAGAUCUGUGGUGACAUCCACGGCCAAUACUACGACCUCCUGCGUCUGUUCGAGUACGGCGGNUUUCCCCCUGAGGCCAACUACCUCUUCCUCGGUGACUACGUCGACCGUGGCAAGCAGUCGCUCGAGACCAUCUGCCUGCUUCUCGCCUACAAGAUCAAGUACCCCGAGAACUUUUUCAUCCUGCGCGGCAACCACGAGUGUGCCUCGAUCAACCGCAUCUACGGUUUCUACGAUGAGUGCAAGAGAAGAUACAACAUCAAGCUGUGGAAGACCUUCACCGACUGCUUCAACUGCCUGCCUAUUGCCGCCAUCAUUGACGAGAAGAUCUUCACCAUGCACGGUGGUUUGAGUCCCGACCUCAACUCGAUGGAGCAGAUCAGACGUGUCAUGCGCCCUACUGAUGAUAUCACCGGAUGGAGCGAAAACGACCGUGGUGUAUCGUUCACCUUCGGACCCGAUGUCGUAUCGCGUUUCCUGCAAAAGCACGACAUGGACCUCAUUUGUCGUGCUCACCAAGUCGUCGAAGAUGGUUACGAGUUCUUCUCAAAACGCCAGCUCGUAACCUUGUUCAGUGCUCCCAACUACUGUGGAGAGUUUGACAACGCUGGUGCCAUGAUGAGCGUCGACGAGAGCUUGCUGUGCUCGUUCCAGAUCCUCAAGCCAGCAGAGAAGAAGCAGAAGUACACAUACCCUCACAACCCUCUCCGUGUUAUUACAUCCUCAAUACUGACU